UUUUUUUACUGUUCUUUGGACUAGAUAGAGAACUCGCGGAGUGGGGGUUCCUAUUAGCUUCGCAGCUUUUAGGAUACUCCGCGCUUUCAUUCUGUCUAGGAAGAAGAGAAUCCCCUGUAGCUCUACGAGGGGGAAUUCUACCUCUCAUUUUGCUUUGUCUCAUGUUAUAUGGACUAAGGUUAUACGCUUUUCAGGAGAUCUCUUUCUUAGACCCCUGGCAACUAGCCGCUAUAUUCUCGGGAUCGUGCGUUCUUUUUAUUUCCCUGGAGAAACGCACGCUAACAGGAUAUAUGCUGACCUUUAUACUUUAUUCGGUUCUCGCCCUUUUUGUAUCCGUUUGGCUCUCGUCCGCGGCGGGCAAAGCGGGAAUACCGAUCGAAGGGAUGGUCUUCCUUUUAUUUCUGAUCGGUGGGAUUUGUUUUAUAUGUCUUAUACAAAAGAUAUUUCAACUCACUCCCAAUACAGUACAGGCCCUGAUUCCUAUCCUCUUCAGUGCACUCUUCUUCUUUUUAGAAGAACUUCCUGCGCUGGAGGGUCUACCUCUCUUGAAAUGGCUAAAAGGUCUAGACUUGCUUUUACUACUUGUGGGUCUCCUGCUCUUAAUUUUUAAUGAGAAUCGACAGGGAGGAGAUGGCGAAGGGUCAUAAUAGAAUUAAGAGUUUCGAUGCCGAUUGAGCUGAGCCCGAAUAAAAUGACAGUGGGCUCCCAGAUUACUUAGCACACUAAACCACAAGAGUGCUCCAGGAACUGGGCAAAAAGACCUAGAACUACGGACGUGUCUGAUGCUUUCUUCCUUGUCCUUGAAAAGAGGAAGAUUGCUACGUAGGCUGUUGCUGGAGAAGAACGUAUCAGCAACUCGACGAAAAAAUGGUAAAAAGGGGAAAGGACAGUAUUCGAUGGAUCAGCCAACCAUGAAAACUUUCCUUCUCCGCAAGCUCUCAUCUACCUUUCUGAAUAGGGCAUCUCGACUAGUCUUGGAACCGGCUUCUCUUAUGAUAUAGAUGGUUGAGAGAUACGAGACUAUGAUGAACCGGAAUAAAAGAUAAUGCGAUCGGACAAAUAAUACAGGCCAAGAACCACACCCCAAAGUCAGGCCCCUGCGAGGUAAGGGCUCCAGAGGAAGAGAGGGAAGAUCGGAAUUCCAUCACGCAUACAAUAAUAGGCUCCAAUCUCACCUACCCGAGGUUUCAUCCUUACACUUACAUGCCCCUUUUCCUCCUCAUCAAAUGAGAAGUCCAGGCUACAAGCCAAGGUCCGACUUGGAAGGGGCCGACCUUUAUCGCAAGCACUUGAGAUUCUCCUACCAUAGCAGUCAUAUCAGUACGAUGGAGAACGGGAAGCGACAAGGUAAGAAAUAUAGACGGGAGGAGCGGAUCAAGCAGUCCCCCGAGUGAGGAACAAGCCACUCCUAGCCCGCGUUUUGCUACUGGGAUUGGAACAAGAUAGAGGCCUGCCCUAAGGAAUAAGAUAACGGAUACUGUAAGCUUACUUAUCCGAGUUCACCGACUCAACUGCUAUAC